CUACGGGCAGCUUCACACACUCUCUCUGUCUCUCUCAUCUCUCUUCUCUCUAUAUCUCAGUUUCUAAACAACUCUUCUUUGAUCACAAAUCUCAGAACGGUUCCAUUCAUGAACAGAGCUCAUAGCUUGUAGUUUCUUUCUUCUUCUUUUUUUUUCCCAACAAUUUCAGAGCUCUUUCUCUUAGUUAACAGAGAAGUGAAACAAUGGAGUGGGAAAAAGAAGGUUUGAGGUUGUCCCUGGCGCUUGGAAACGCCUCACUGCUAAAGUGUGCCGCUUCAGCUUUAACGGCUACUGUGCUUUCCUCUUUGCUAGAGCUCUUCGCUCAGGUGGCUAUCUUGGAGGGUGAUGUUAAAGAGAAUGGAAACGAGGUGGUUGAUGCAGAGGAAGGCAAUGGAAACAAUGAAAACGGUGAUGAUGAUGAUGAUGAUGACGAUGAUGGAGGGGAAGAUGAAGAAGGUGGUGCGGAUGAUGCAGAAGGAAAGGAGACCAAGAAAGGACCGGUAAGUGGUCCUGAUGGGAAUGAUGGACUUGGAGAUGAUGAUGAACCUGAGGGGGAUGACAACAACAAUGAUGAUGAUGAUGAUGAUGAUGAUGAUGAUGAUGAUGACCAUGAGAAUGGUGAUGAUGAGGAUGAUGGAGACGAAGAGGAAGAUGGUGGUGAAGAAGAUGAAGACGAGGAGGCAGAGGCAGAGGAGGAAGAAGAGGAAGAAGAAGAUGAGGAGGAGGCACUACAGCCGCCAAAGAAGAGGAAGAAGUGAAAACAACCGCUUUGAUCUUCUAACAUUUUAGAUUCAAAAAAUCAAAACUUGAUGUGGGUUUAUAUCUGAGGAGAAUCUUAAGCCAUCAUCAGCUUUACUGUGUCUUUGUUGUUCCAUAAACCAAAACGACUUUGUUUA